CCUUUACUUCAUUACGGAGAAACCGCUAUCGUUUAACCACCCCGUCUUUGUGCCUGAAUCGACCCGUUUUUAAACAGUAGUGCACCAAACAGAGUGCAGAACGCAUUAUAUCCUGCUUCAUGUAGUGCGCUUCUAUAGGGAGAAUGAAGAUAUAGCGUUUUGCGAAAAUGCGAUUGAGGAAUUGAUGGACGUGUUUACGCGAAGCCAUGGGAGACGACUUAGGAGACGAGUGGUGGACUCAAGGCGAAGAUUUGGGUGAAUCAGUUGGAGAGGAUGCGCACUACACACAGUCAGCACCAGAAGAGCCUAAGGAGAAAGUGGCGAAGAAAAGAAAACUUCAAACGCAGGAGACGAGCAAAGUGAAGAAAAAGCAGACAGUACAGAAAGAAUGCAUCAUUGCAAAAGAAAAAACACAACCAGCCGCCACAAAAGAGGCCCAAAAGCCGAGGAAAAGACGAAAGAAGAAGACCAUCACAGAUGUGUUGGCGACAUCAGAGCCUGCACCCGGUUCUCCAGCUGACCUGCGGAGCCUUCUGCAGAGCCAUUUCAGCGUCACGCGAUUAGUGAUCGAACAGGAGGAGCUCAAUCUGCCAGAGUCAUGUUUUCUGAUGAGUAACGACCUCACGCACAGCCUGUCGUCCUACCUCAAAGAAGUUUGUCCCAAGUGGGCGAAAGUACAGAAGCAGCACACUCAGAAGUGCCAGGUGGUGCUGCUCAUCGUCUGUAGCUCCGCCCUUCGAACCAUCGAACUCAUCAAGCAACUGACCACAUUCAAGGGCGACGCGAAAGUCCUAAAGCUCUUCGCCAAACACAUCAAAGCCGAGGAUCAGAUGAAGCAGCUAAGUAAAAGCGUGGCUCACAUCGGUGUGGGUACUCCAGGCCGACUAAGCACCCUGAUAGAGAAAGACGGCUUGAGCCUGCAGGGAUUAAGAUAUCUCGUGCUCGACUGGAACUACAGAGACCAAAAACAGAGGCGGAUGGUGGACAUACCUGAGGUAAAAGGGGAAUUUCUGAAACUUCUGGAGACUGGAAUCAUUAAGAAGUGUCAAGAAGGAUCUGUUAAAAUAGCCCUGUUCUGAGUCUGAGUUGUUACUCAUGUCUUCUCAACCACAUGCGCAUCUGAUCUGUUUUUGUAUUUUUGAUUAUUUUCUUUCUUUUCAAUGUAAAGCUUUGUUCUAUAUUUUAGUGCUGUGUAAACCCCAAAUGUUUGUCUAACCAUAGAAGCACACACUCCACUAGAGUGAUCCAAAAAUAAACUCAUCUGAUGGGACAAA